CACGCUGUAUUAUUAAAGAAUUUAACGAUACAGCACAAUUGAGUCGAUCUCGUUCAGUUACCGUGAAAAAGUUGCAUUAGCUUCGUCCCCCUCCAUCUUUUACUUCCCAAUAUUGAAAGUAUUCACUAUAAAUACGCCGUAAUUAUUUCCUCAAAUCAUUCCAAACUCACCCAUCAAAUCAUAUUACAACAGCUUAUUAAAAAAAAUAGAACAAAAUGUUCAAGUUUGUAGUUCUUGCCGUCGUAGUUGCCGCCGUUUAUGGAGAACCAGGAUUUUCAUCUAGCCACGGAGGAAAAGGAUUCAGUUCAGGAAGUGGAUUAAAAACAAUCGCUCAAAAUUCAGCUGAACAAGCUAACAACGCCGUUGCAAGCCAACUUGCCGCCGCUAAACAAGCUGCAGCUCAAGCUAAGAGUACUUUAGCUCAAAAUGCUAUCAAUGCUGCUUCCGCUGCUCAAGCUGCUCUUGUCGGCAAACAAAUCCUUGUUCAACGUCUCGAACAACAAGCCCAAGAAGCCCAUUUAGCUUUGGAAGGUGAAAUCCGUCAAUUAGAACAAUCUCAACGUGCUUCUGAAUCCGCAAGACAAACCGCUGAACAAGCCCAACAACAAAUCAACGCUUUAGGAUCCGCACUCGCAACCGCUCAAGGAACCCUCACCCACGCCAAUCAAGCUGCUCAAGCUUCCGCACAAGAAUACGGAUCCCAAUCUGCUAUGGUCGGGGAAGCCAAACAACGUUACAACUCCUUAACCGAAGAACUCCAAUCUGCUGAACACGAUCUUGCUUCCACCCAAGCUGCUGCUCAACAAGCUCAAGCUGCCGCCCAGCAAGCCCAAGCUGCUGCUGCUCAUGCCGCUGAAUCUGCUUCAGCUGCUGGACAACAACAUGGUGGAUUUGAAGGUGGACAUGGUGGAUUCGAUUCUGAAGGAUUCGAUGGGGGAUAUCAUCAUUAUUAAGAAAAAUGAUUAAUGAGGAUGGGUUAUUGAUGGGAUUUAAUGAAAUUUAUGUGAUAUUU